AUGUCUGGACCAUUUAUGCACAUGUAUUUCCACACCCAACCACAGGAUACUGUACUUUUCAAAACGUGGAAUGUAACGGAUGCGGGGACCAUGGCGUGGGUGUGUGCUGUAAUUGUAGUCGCUGGAAUCAUGCUAGAAGCCAUGAAAUUUGGGAGAUGGAAAAUUGAAAAAUGGCAGAAACGACGAGAAGAGGUUUUGACGAAAAGCUACUUCACCCGACUCUUUUCACCAAUCCACGUGGCACAAUCGAUUCUUUUCAUGAUCCAAUUGUGUUUCAGCUAUAUUCUAAUGUUGAUUUUUAUGACUUUUUCUGUUUGGCUAGGGCUUGCCGUUGUCGUAGGACUUGGCAUUGCCAAAACCUUCUUUCAAAAAAUGAUGAUGGACAUGAUGGAAAUGUAUUUUCAUUUUCGAAUCCAAGAACCAAUCUUAUUCCGGCAAUGGAAACCAACUGACACCCCUGGAUACGUUUUUUCAUGUAUCUCAAUUUUCAUUAUUGCGUUUUGUCUGGAAUUGCUGAAAUUCGGAAGACAAUGGAUGACUCGAAAACCCCGCCCCUUUUUGGUAACCGACGUUUGCUGCUCAACUAGUGAAGGUAUCUGGGAUAUUCCCGAGACUUCUGAAGAACCGCCACGUGGAAAAAUAUCAGUGGUUCCAUUCACAAUGGAAUCGAUCUCUGGCUGGAAGCAUACUGUAUCGUCUUGCCUAUUUUUUGCGCAAAAUUUUGUUGAAUACUCUCUUAUGCUGAUUGCGAUGACCUACAAUUACCCAUUCUUAUUAUCCCUUCUAGGAGGCCAUGCGCUCGGAUAUUUCUUGGUGGGACCAUUGAUGACAAUUAAGGAGAAUGAUGCUGCUGGAACUUGUUGUUCUUGA